CCGCCUAAGAGGCGGACCCUUCGACCGGGAAACCCCGUGGGCUCGCGGCGGCUCUUCCUUUCCGAUCCGCCAUCUGCGAGUGCAGGUGGAACCCCGGCCAGGAUGCAGAUUUUCGUGAAGACCCUUACGGGGAAGACCAUCACGCUCGAGGUUGAACCCUCGGACACUAUAGAAAAUGUAAAAGCCAAGAUCCAGGAUAAGGAAGGAAUUCCUCCUGAUCAGCAAAGGCUGAUCUUUGCUGGUAAGCAGUUGGAGGAUGGCCGAACUUUGUCCGACUACAACAUUCAAAAGGAGUCUACCCUUCAUCUUGUGUUGAGACUCCGUGGUGGUGCUAAGAAAAGGAAGAAGAAGUCUUACACCACUCCCAAGAAGAAUAAGCAUAAGAGAAAGAAGGUGAAGUUGGCUGUCCUGAAAUACUAUAAGGUGGAUGAAAAUGGCAAAAUUAGUCGCCUUCGUCGCGAGUGCCCUUCUGAUGAGUGUGGGGCUGGAGUUUUCAUGGCCAGCCACUUUGACAGACAUUACUGUGGCAAGUGCUGUCUGACUUACUGCUUCAACAAACCAGAAGAUAAAUAAUUGUGUAUGAGUUAAUAAAAACAUAGGAACUGACA